AUGACUUCUGAUAGUCUAUUUUCGGAUAGGCCCAGGAAGAUCAUAAUAACACUCACUCCUUCCUUUUUCUUUAAUCAUCCGCUUACUGUUCUAGGGAAUAAAAUUUCAGUUUUAAGAUUCCAAAGAUCGCUUUGUGACCCUUAUUCUACUAGUAAUGGGUUUUUGAGGGAAUUAGAUACUGAAGCAGUCGGAGCAUUCCCGGCUGCUUACAGCUUAUUCUUCGUAAAGGAUUUAGCAGUAUCGAUUUAUAAAAAUGAAGGAAUAUUAGGAUUCUUUAAAUGUUUACCGGAGUAUAUCGCAUAUCAUUUAACGAAGGAUUUAUUAAGAUAUUUGGUUCCUAACUUUCUAUUACCUAUUUUCCCAAAAAUUUUCGGACCUCUUCCUAAUAAAAUAAAAUUUUAUAACAUUUUAGAUACAAAUAAUAAUAUUAGACUUCGUUAUAUAGGAUUUUUGGACAAAAAUAGUCAAGCUACAACAAGCAAGUUUUUUAACUUUUACUUCAACCAAGUGGAAUCUGAAUUGAAUAAGAUUGUAACAUCAUUCAUUGUUGAAUUAAUAACGUAUCCCGCUCUAACUAUAAUUUCUAGAAUGAUAAUUUAUGACGGAUAUGGGCCAGUGUCCUUUCAUUUAUUAUUUAAACACACACUAAGUGUUGACGGUCUGUUAUCUCUAUAUAGAGGAUUUUCGUACCAUCUUCUAUCAAACAUUAUAAAAUAUAUAAUAAAACACUUUAAUCGGUUUGUUCAAAGGACCUUGGUAUCAGACUUUUACCUAAGUCCAAUGUUUGAGCAGUCUGUCCCAGUUGUACUAUCAAUUUCACAGUCUGUUUUGAAUCAAUUUUCAUUAAUCAGACGGUGUGGAUCAAAGAUAGAUGGUUUUUGUAUAGAAGAAAGCUCAGUAAACAUAUUUAGGCAGAUGCCUUGGAUAAGCAUUUUCACGCAGAUGGUAGUGACAAUAGGACUCAUACACCUGAGGGAUAAACUUGUGACAAGUCAAAUACAAGAGUUUAACUCUCAAUUCGCUGACUAA